UAAUUGUAUUAUAAUGAAUAAAUGAAUUAAUAUGUCUUAAAUAUUAUUUAUUGAAUGAAAGAAAUAAUUUUUAUUGUCCAAGAGGUGAAGUUAUAUCCCAGUUAGAUUUAGUCAGUGACCUUAUUUAUUCAAUGAUUGACAUCCAGACCAGCACUGGGACAUAUGUCACAGUGUCAUUCUUGUCAUAGGGCAUACGAAGUGCAUCGUCGGUAUAAAGGGAAUAUUUGCAGUGGGCUUGUUCAGAAACUGCAUCACAGAGGCAAAGUCAGGAAGGGCAGUAAGUAGGUACUCAGCACGUGCUCUCACUUUAUGAGAGGCUCCCAGAAAACAGCACCCUCUGGCAACUGCCUUUGCUAUCACUGCAGACAUGAGUGCUUUAAAAAGAAACUUCUCCAUCAUCUGGUUGUGCCCUCUGAUGCCCUUCACAAACUGCAGCUUGAACUCGGUGUUGGCAUCUUAAGUGGCUCCUGUGGAAAUUGCCCCAAUGUGCUAAAUUCAGCAUUAGAGCAGCACUCCUGGGGAGCGUCGCUCUGUUUGCAGGCACUUGUCCCAGACUGAGGGAACAGGGGACGUGAGUGCCACUGAGACACGUGUAUGCCUCACGCUGCACACACACAGGCUAUUUCUGUACAUGGAACAGUGGGCAGAAGAGCAGAACACAAAGUGGGAUGAAACUUUGUUGGCUGACAAAAUGAGAUUGGAAGAAAAUACAGAAGUCUUGGCAUUCUUAUUUUUUAUAACUAAAUACCUACCUAUCUGUCACCAGGUUGAAUAUGUCUAUUUAUGCAGGCUGAUAAGUUUGAAGGUUGUAAUCUUUGAAUUCACAUGAAACAUUUUUAAGUAGUUACAUUUUUGUGUUAAAUAUAUCACAUGGCUAUUACUAAGCAGCAUGCUUUUUUGAACAAAAACAUUGGAUUAAAAUUCCUGUGAUUGACUUUUCUCCAUUUGAUGACUAAUGCUGAUGCACUGUGUGAGUUUGGUAUAAUAUAUUACCCUUUCUGGUCUUGCUUUUAUUGCUCUUACAAUGGACGAGCUCUAAAGGGGCUACAUGGUAAUGAAAUAACAAGCCAAGGACAUGUAUCUCUGGGGAGAAACUAUGAUUAUAGUGGAUUAUCAUGAUGAGAGAGAGAGAGAGAGAGAGAGAGAGAGAGAGAGAGAAUAAAUAUUAAGAUUAGAUUAUAAGUCAGUAAUAAAAUAUAGGUAAGAUAACUGUUCAAUAUGAGUUACUAUGAUAAAAGCUAAAUAAAAAGAUGUAUCCUGCACUCUGGGAGGCUGAGGUAGGAAGAUUUCAUGUUUGAGACCCGGGCAAUUUAGUGAGAUCUUAUCUCAAAAUAAAACACGAAAUGGACUGGGAAUGUGGCCCAGUGGCAAGGCCCUGAGUUCAAUCUCCAUUAAUGCAAAAAAAAAAAAAAAGUGCCCUGGACAACGUAGAAAUAGACACAAUUUUUUGUUGAAUACUUAUAAUGUACAGGUACUUUGCUCAGUUCUUUCCUAAGGUCAUUCAUGUAUUCAUCAAAUUUUAAUUAAGCAUCUAUUGUUUUCCAUAAAUGGUAUAUUAUCUCAUUUAUUCUAUGACAAACUUAUGAAGAUAUCUACAAUUUUAUACGCAUUUAAUAAAGCCUGAAAAGAUAAGUAAUUUGCUUAAGUGUCACAGCCAAUCAGUGGAGGUGAUGGUUCUCAAAUCCAGUUCUGACUGCAAAUCUUGAGUUCUUAACCACUGUAGAAGAGUACCAUGCUCCUUAGCUUUGUGUAUAGCUUAGCUUGUCAUAUUUUUAGCAGAAUGUGAAGAACCUGGAAGAGAAAGUCAAAGACUCAUUGAACACCCUCUCCUGGAUUUAAUAGACCCUUCCUUGUGUGAUUCUUUCAAUAAAUCAUUUCAUUUCAUCCGCAUCAGAGCCCUUUGAAGGGCUUUUCAGAUUUCAUUUUAAAGAUGAAGAAUCUGAGGUUCAUAGAGAAUGGUUGAUUUUUCCAAAGGCACACAGCUGGGAAAUAGCACAGUAAGAACUAAAUCAAAAUUUCAAUUUCUGUUUUUUUUCCUCUAGAUUUUUGCUGCUACUCAAAAUGAUCUAGAUAGUUUUGUAAGGCAAUAUAAGCAUACACAUAGACACAAAUGCCCCGUCCCAGUUAAACUGAGAGAGACACAGGAUUCCUGGGGCCCCUGCAGAGUGCUGUUUAAGGCAGAGUUGUUAUACAGCCCCAGAGAGCUCCCCAUGCUAAGGUUCUGUAAAUAAACGUGCAAACUAGCCUUGGCUUGAGUCUCACUGGGUUAGACUACCUUUCCCGUAGAGAUGGACUCUUUCUGGAAAGUCUUUCCAGAAAACACUGGCUUUGUGUGUCUCAGUGUUAGCACUUGUUCAGAAUGUGUCUCUCAAAGUGUUGCAUCUGGGGGACAAGUACCACUGCUCUGUUGUCUGAGCAGCCCACCAGGAUUGUAACUCAGCCCUGAUAAUAAAGUAGAGGGACAAAAGAAAGGCACUUUAUUUGUUAAGAAGAAAAGAAGAGAGAAAAGAGAAGAUAGAUAGCCACCCUGAUAAGAAAGAAGCAGGGCAGGGCAUUCUGGAAAGAGGAGGACCGUGGGCCCUUUGACUUUAGCUGUUUUUAUAGGGGUGUGGGUGACCCUUUCUCUUCUACCUGGACUUUGCUGCAACCAGUUUGGCUUUUGGGCACCCCUGCCUAUAUACUUUUUUUCUGGUGGUCUAUGUGUAGACUUUUUAAAAACAAAAUGUAUUUGGCUUUGUUUUGUUUUUUGGUUUUUGUUUUGGCACCAGGGAUUGAACUCAGGACUUUGUGCUUGCCAGGCUGGCACUUGCGCCACUAAGGUAAGUCCCUCUUUUGAUGUAUUUUUUUAAGGCCUUAUUUUUGGGUUAGGCAGCUGGUUGACAAGGGGGUAGCUUAUUUACUUAGACUUAGUAAGGGUGUGAGUGGGUAUCUGUUGUAUUCUAUAAUGACCCUAGAGUGAAUAAUAUAGUGACUCUAGAGUGAAUACACAUGUAUAUAAGUGUAAAUGUUAGUGCAUAGGUUUGAGUACAUACUGCCUUAUAGUCAGUCAGCCUUCACUUUUUACCCCAUAUUUUAUCGGAGGUGGGGGUUGGCUUAUCAUUUGUGUAUCUGGCUUUCUCUCUGUGUCCUGCCUGUCAGCUCUUUUUCUGGUCUCUUGAUGCAAGUCUUAAGACCAUUUGGUGCCUUUAAAAAAAUUUUUUUUUUCCCUUGACUUUGACUUGCUUCGCAGGGGAGUCUCAGUUUGUUUUUAACUUCAUCUAGUCAGGAUUAGCUAGGAGUCCUAAAAAGGCCCCUAUUUUAUUUUCUCAUCUAUAGACUCCUGUGCCUACAGUAGUUUCCCAUUGAAUGGGAGGGAAUAACUUUUAGUGGUGCAGGGUAUAUGUGUGCGUGUGUGAAUGAAAGUUCUUUGGUGUCAUAUCUUAAAAAUUAAAAGUGGAUUAAAAAGAAUUAAAAAUUAAUGCAAAUAGAUUAAAAUACACGUGUGUUCUAUAAGCUAAAAUUCCAUUUUAAAUUGUUUACAAAAGAAAAUGAAUGUCUACUCUGUGGCAUCCUGCAAUUGUCCCUGAGUCUACAAAUACUCCUGUAUAUAAAAAGCAUCAGACUACAUUUUAUUAAAGCUGCUCAUUUUAAUGUUCUCACCUUAACGCAUUCUUUUGUCUUGUGUAACCAUGUGGCAGUUUCUCUAUUUUCCUUGAUCUCAUGGCUCAAGGGGAUACUUUGUUAAAUGUCAGGAAAGAGAUGUAGGUUUCACAAUAAUAGAUGACUAGUUCACACCUUACUGAUGACUUUUACGUACUAUCCAUGAACAUGGUAACUGUUAAAUGUGCUGAUCUGACAGAUAAAUUCCAGGCUCUUGUGUACAACAAAUAAAGUAUUGCAAGCACACAUCAAGUAGGAGCAGCAGCUGCAUUUAUUGAAGACGUAAUCAGGGCAGGCCCACGCUGGCCAAAACAGAAAAGUGGUGUCAGGAUGAGAGGAAAGUAAAGAGCACACAGCACACAGAUAAAUCAGGCUUUAAGAGUUUAAAAAAUGUGCAGCCUAGCCCUGGUGCCUGUCAUUUGAUCUGUGGGGUAAGAGUGACAGGAAUGAUUGACAGGGUGCUGAGUCAUCUUCAGGAGCUUCUAGUGCAUGGGACGUUCCAGAAUUCACCAUUGUUUAAUUGUAAACAUGAGAUGCACCCCGUAUUUGUAACCUUUAGUGAAGUUCGAGUGAGGAAAAAGGUUAAUAAAGGUCAGGCUAGGCGGUCGAAGGAGCUUGUUUUCAAGUGCUCUCUCCUAGAGCUUCAAGUAUUUCCUGGGCCUUUGUUAUUUUUCACCUGUCUUAAACAGUGGAAUGAGGAAUGGCUCUAACAUGCUGUCCAAACUCAACCAAGUAGUCUCCCAGCCUUGCUGUAUUACCUGUACUAAUAACUGUCAACAUUUAUUAAACAUUAAACAUGCCAAGUAAUUUAUAUGUUUUUACUAUACUUUUUGCCUUGUAGUAACUCCACCACAUAGGAAGCUCUAUUAUUAUCUCACUUUUACAGAUGAGGAAAAGGAGACCCAGCAAAACUUGCACAAGUUCACACAGCCAGCAGAUAGGGUAGCUGGGAUUCUUACCUAGGCAGCCUUUUUCCAGGAUCACAAGUUGCACAUCUCCUCUGGGACAUGUACAUCCUCUGCAGCUGGCAGAGCCCCCCAAAAGUGCCUUAUUUCAACUAGCUGGCGUGUGAGUCACCUCUGCAUCUCGGAGCUUGAUGUGAGGUCAGAAGUCACAGUAGCAUUCAUGGGCUACCCCACUCAUCCUGGUUCAGGGAACACCACUAAAAUGGGAGGAAUGAAAGAAAGGAGGAGUCAGGCUGAUAAGAAGCAAGGGGUCGUUCUUGAAUGGUAAAGCUCUUCUCUAGCUCUUGGCAGCAGAGGUGAAUACAGCGUCUGGAUUGAUAGCGCUUAGAGUCACUCGUUCAGGCUCAUCCUCAGAGUUCCUUGAUCAUGCAGGAAUCCUGCAAUUGUACCCAAACUUUUACUCCUAAGACAGCCAUAAGAGUAGCAGUCACAGGACUGGCAGUGAAGGCUUGAAGUGUUUGUGCCAGGCUGUCUUUCACACAGGCACCAUUUUUUGUCACUCUCCCUCUCCUGAUUAGGAACUGCUGAUGGCACUUGCUGCUCUGAGUCUUGGCUGCCACGUCGCUCAAGAAGGGGUUAGAGUUUUCACAGCCCAUUAUGGGCUGAGGCCACAAGAUCCCUGUCUCCAAGACUGGCUCUGGGGAGUGGCUUUGCUGGGAGUCAGGAGGCUGCUCUCCACUGAACCUUCACCCCUUGACUCCUUCUUGGAGUCAGAGAAUAGGAUGCUCAAGGGUUGAAAAGAACCAUAAUAAAACCAUGCCGACUAAUGAAUGCAAACAUUAUAAGACUUCAAAGCAAUGUAAUGGGGAAUCAUGAUUACCAUGAACUCCUAUGUACUCUUGCCAUUUCUUACACUAGGGAAACUAUACAGUAUUUAUACUGUGAGUUUGAUUUAUUUCGCUUAUGAGUAUGGUCUCAAGUUGUGUCCAUUUAUAAUAGUUUUAUUCUGUUUUGUUUGAUUUUGUUAUCUGUGAUAGUAUGAACAGCUAUUUUGAAGAAAACAAGACAUUAUAACAGCCAUUGCUGAUUUGAUAUUAUCUUGAUUUGAAGUCCUACCAUGCUUUUGUUCUUCUGUUUCCAUUGGUUCUAUCACAUUGUGUCUUGUUGGAUUUUAAUAUGUGUGACAGUAUAAACAAAUUUUUUAGGAAAAUGAGAUAAUAAAGUAGCCAUUGUUCAUUUUCUGUUAUUUGGUUCUGAAUGCCCUGUAAUAUGUUCAUUCUCUUGAGUGAUUUUAUACUAUUUUGUUAUGUUUGAUACUACUGUAUAUGAAGUUAUGCUCAACUAUUUCAAAGAAAGAGACAUUACGGUAGCUACUGUUAAUAUUGGGUUGUCUUGUGGUGAAGUACUGUGUUGCUUACAUAGUUCUGAUCUGCUUUGUUCUGUCCUCAUUUGUCUUAAUCUCUUUAAAAUAAAAAAAAAAAGGAAAAGAACCAUAAUGCAUCAGAUGAGGGCUGAAAAUGCAGGUGUGGAAAUUAUCCAGUUGUUUCUACUUUGGCAGAGAGUUUUAAAAAUUUAAUGUUUUAAAUUGAUUUUGUAAAAAUGAUUUAAUGUUUUUACUUCAUUGUACUGCUGGAGUGUGUUUCUUAAUUAUAGUUAGGGAAUGUGAUUUAACAAGGUAUGCAGAUAAUUUGUGUCUGUUUCUGUGUCAUUCGUGUCCCACCUGAUAGCCUUUUAUCUACACUGUGGCCAGCCCCUCUGCUCAGUGCCACAGUACUCUCUUCUGCUCUCUCUGGAAACACCUUUUCAAAGUUUAAUUCAAUAUUCAGACUGUGAAAACAAUAGGAUGUAGUCACGUAGUGCAAACUGUUGCUGCUGUACAUUUCAGGUGUUUAUAAAUUAAGAUGUUACCAUAUGACAGAAGCUGUGUUAGACACUGGAUAUAGCAUGGAACCAGGCACAAAAGGUUGGUAUCUCCAUAGAGGCUAAUGUCUAAAGUCAGCCUACAGGUCUAAUAAUUUGUACAUUUCUAGUCCACUUGUUAUUCGAGGCACUGUUCCUAAUUGAGGCUCAUUCGUGUUUUCCACAUUGGCCAUUCUAUACUUUCAUGAUGUCUCUCAAAUUCUUUACCAAAUGUCCAAGGUACCCAGUGAGACUUGAAAUUCUACUCCCUAGAGGGGAGUAGAAUAUGCUUGACUUUUCCCUAUUCCUCACCUUCUAUAGUGAACAGAGUAUCAAUUCAUGUGAUUCUAUUCUAUUAAAAAUAUUGUUUCUCUUAGUGUUUAUAUAUUUGGGCUUUAUAAAUUUGUAGUAAACCUGCCCUGGAUCCAGGUGGAUAUUUGCAACCAUCAGUGUUAAUCUGCUGGCUAGAUUCUUCUCACAUCAUUAGCAAUGAUAUUAUUGUUAGAAAGAUGUUAAACUAAGAUACUAUCUUAGAUCAGGCUGACAGAAUGCCAUAGACUUGGUGGCUUAAAGAACCAAAAUUUGUUUUUCAUAGUUUUGGGAACUGGAAGUGUACAAUCAGGUCCUGGAAGACCCGUUGUAUGAUGAGGACCUGUGUUUUGGAUUACAGAUGGCUGUAUUCUGGUUGUAUCCUUAGAUGACAGAAAGCAAAAAAUAGGAAGAAGCUCUCCUGCGUAAUUUCUCCUAAGAGUUAUAAGGGCACUAGUCUCAUUCACAAGGGCCAUUCUUAUGACCUGAUCACCUCUCCAAACUCUUAUAUCCUAGUAUCAUCACACACGGAAUUAGAAUUUCAGCUUAUGAAUUUAAGGUGAGGGGAAGACAUUCACUCUGUGGCAGGUGGUUAGUUCUGUUUGAAGCAGGACCCUAGACAGAGUGGUUGGAUAUUAUUUGUUCAAUAGUUAGGAUGCAGAGCAGGACUCAGCCAUGAGGGCAGGAUACCAGGGCAGGAAUAGUGUUAGGAAUGUAACUGUUUGAGCUGAAGAAGCUCAUGAGAUCAUGCAAGCAGAGAUUAGCGUGGCGAAACUAAUUCUAGCCUGUCUCCUGGUGGGGACUGACCUUCUAAUAUAUUGUUUAGAUGGGCAGGUUUGGUUUAGAGAUCUGGAAGAAUUGAGCUACCAGGAUGAAAGACUUAGCAACUGUAGAUACAAGAACUGAGGGAAGGAGGGACUGAUAAAUCUCAAAUGCUUUGGAGUGGUGAAAUCGCCCCACAAUCUAUUUCGUUCUGUGGCCUAUAUAACUGUUGUGUGCCAUAUGUCUACUUAAAAUAAUUAAAGCUAAUUAAAAUUAAUUUUGGUUGGUGAGUGUUUGAAGAGUUUUAUAAUAACUCUUGAGAUAAUUAGAGAUGUUUUGGGAUGUCACAAAAGGAGCAUUUGGAGUAGCUGAGGAAGCGUUUAAACCAGAAAUGUGCAGUGAAGGCUAGUAACAGAAUGACAAUUCUGUAAUUGGAGGAACAUUGACUUAGGAGUGAAAGGGUUAUGCUGGUAAAUUGGUUUUCUGAAAAGCAAACAAAAACAAACAACAACAAGCUGGCUUUGUAGUACUUUUCAGCUUCUUUCAGUUUCUAAGGUGUGAAUAUUUAUUUCAAUCAUAGCACAUUCCAGAUUACCUGUGGUUUACUGACAGGCUCAUACAUUCCUGAAUAUUUAAUAAUCUGCUUUUGCAAACCCUGUGCAAGGAAGCUAGAGCAUACUAAUAAUUCUCACUGGGCUUUUGCCUACCUUUGUGAUCUUGGGUAUAUUACUUCAAUUCUGUGGAUUUUAGUUUUAUCAUCAAAAAAUGAAGUGGCUAAAAUAAUCUUAUGGUCUUACCCAAAGUUAGCAUGAUAACCAUGCAGGUGAUAUUUAAGUCUAAUGCCAUGUUACAUGUCAAAAGAAUUAUAUCCGAUUUUUGAGACUGAUAUUGUGAUAUUUCAAACCCAUAUUUUGAUAUCAAGUCAUAAUCAUAUUAUGUAUCAUUAUCAACAAAAUUUUGAUUCCUGCUGUCAUUGUAUGUGUUCUUUUUCAGACUCUCUUCCAAGAAGGCUUAACAACAGCAGGGCAGGCAUUGGUGAGCCAAACUUCACGGCCUAACAGCGAGCUAGGACCCAAUUAUCUGUAGUCUGAGAAUUCUGCACUUGGUUGCUAGGUACUAGGAGUCAGGUGAGGGACUGAGAGAAAAUCUUAAGGUUCAGCUACAUCACCUAUUUGACCAUGAGACCCAAUAGUGGUGGUUUUCCCUGGACUGGUAGCUACAUAGAUGCUAAUUCGCUCUAAACUUUUUGAAGGCAAGAAUUUUGUCUUUCAUAUUAUGUGUGUUAGAUCCUGGCACGUGAUAGCAACUCAGCAAAGAGUUUCUUGAAAGAAAAAAUAAACUAUUAGGCUUCUAAAAGAGCAAACUGAAUUUUAAAACAUGCAUGAAUGUUGAUAUAUGCUUCUCCAUGUUUAUCUUAAUGCUGAAGAAAUGUAUUUUUCAAAUGUGAGAAAUACUUUCUUGUUAUAAAGGUUUUCAGUGCCACAAGUUCAAUACUGAGCCUUUCAAUCUUCCUUCCAGAUUGAUAACAGUAUUGAUUAUAUAACCAGAACCCAGUGGAGAGAAGCAUGAGAGAGAGAAACCCAUACUGGGCAAUUAAGGUGUUUUACUCCUCACCUGAAAAUAGAAUAACUACAUAACUGCUCAAAAAACAAGAGAAAUUCAGAGGGUUGGGAUGGAACCUUGGGUUCCCCAGUCACUGCCUCAGCCCCAGGGGAAGCCCAUGGCAUCAUCAAAGGACCCGGAUGGAGGGCUUAGGAGCAGACAUCAUCGGCCGGUUCCUCACCCUCCACACAAUGGAGAAAGGUUCCAUCAGUGGCAAGAUAUUCGUGGGAGUCCACAGCCACAGCAGGACCCCAGGAUGGACCAGCCCCUCUAUGCAUCCAGGCUCCGGGAAUGGCCUCGUCCCGGGUCUGGAGUUGACUACUAUGAAGAUGGUUAUCCUACUCACUUGUACUCCGGGGCAGGCUACAAGGAUCCCUAUCAGAGAUACCACUCCCCAGCAAUGAGGGAUGAAUACGCUUAUGGAAAUUACUACCAUGGAUACCUGCAGCGGCUGCAGGAGGACAGAGUGCCAAGACAGGCGAGUCCUUAUGUCUGGCAAGAAGAUUAUGGAGAUCAAAAGUACCUCAAUGAGUAUAAUCAUGAAAACCAGAACAGUCCAUUUGGAGCAAAUAAUGAGGCCCAGUUCCACUCUACCAGCAGGAAGACUUAUAAAGACAGCCCUGCUUCCAGCUCUGGACAGGAGCAGCCCAGGGAACUCCUUCCAGAGAGUCUGCCAACUGCAGCCCUAAAGAAUAAGCAGUCUUUGACCAGCAAGUCCAACCUUCUCCAGCAGCAGGAGUCUGGUCUGAGCUCCAGCAGCUAUGAGCUCAGUCAGUACAUGGCAGAUGCCUAUGAGCCGUAUGAUCCUGGGGCUUGGAGUCCAGCUCAAGCUGGGGCUGUGUCGGCAGUUGGUCCCAUGACACUCAUGAAGUUCUACGUCCCUCAUGUGUCUGUGAGUUUCGGGCCAGGAGGUCAGCUGGUGUGUGUAUGUCCCAGCGCUCCCAAGGAUGGGCAGGUGCCCCUUGUUGAGCUGCAUAGCAUGGAGGUUAUUCUUAAUGACUCUGAGGACCAAGAGGAGAUGAGAAGUUUUUCAGGACCCCUGAUCAGGCAAGAUGUACACAAGAUGGAUGUCAUGACAUUUUGCCAGCAGAAAGCAGCUCAGAGCCACAAAUCUGGGACACCAGGGAGCAGAGAUUCAGCUCUACUUUGGCAAUUGUUAGUUCUUCUUUGUCGCCAGAAUGGGUCCAUGGCGGGGUCUGACAUUGCUGAGCUGCUGAUGCAAGACUGCAAGAAACUGGAGAAAUACAAGCGACAGCCCCCCGUGGCCAACCUCAUCAACCUGACCAAUGAGGACUGGCCAGUGGUGAACACUGGGACCCGGGACCUGCUCACAGGGGAGAUCCCACCCACGGUGGAGACGCCUGAUCAGAUCCUGGAGAAGUUCACUAAUCUGCUCUACUAUGGCAGAAGGAAGGAGGCCUUGGAGUGGGCAAUGAAGAACCACUUGUGGGGUCAUGCUUUGUUCCUAUCCAGCAAGAUGGACCCAAGGACCUAUAACUGGGUCAUGAGUGGCUUCACCAGCACCCUGGCUCUCAACGACCCCCUGCAGACCCUCUUCCAGCUCAUGUCGGGGAGGAUUCCACAAGCAGCCACGUGCUGUGGGGACAAGCAGUGGGGAGACUGGAGGCCCCACUUGGCUGUGAUUCUGUCAAAUCAGUCUGGGGACCCGGAGCUGCAUCAGCGAGCAAUUGUCACCAUGGGGGACACGCUCGCGGGGAAGGGCUUUGUGGAGGCUUCUCACUUCUGCUACCUUAUGGCUCACGUGCCCUUUGGCCACUACACUGUGAAGACAGACCUUCUGGCCUUGCUGGGCAGUAGCCACAGUCAAGAGUUCUUGAAAUUUGCAACCACUGAGGCUAUCCAGAGGACGGAAAUCUUCGAGUACUGCCAGAUGCUGGGCCACCCCAAAUCUUUCAUUCCUUCUUUCCAGGUGUAUAAGCUCCUUUAUGCUUCCCGUCUAGCGGAUUAUGGUCUGGCAUCCCAGGCCUUGCAUUACUGUGAGGCCAUUGGUGCAGCUGUCCUGAGCCAGGGACAGAGCAGCCACCCUGUGCUAUUGGUGGAGCUCAUCAAGCUUGCAGAGAAACUGAAGCUGUCGGACCCUCUGGUUUUUGAAAGGCGCCAUGGAGGCAGAGAGCCCGAGCCAGACUGGCUGGCACAGCUGCGGAGGCUGCACCAGGAGAUGCAGCAAAACAUGGGAGACGUUGGGGAUCCUCAUUCUGCUCGCUCAGAUAUUUCAGGAGCCAAAGGAACAACAGACCCUUUCUACCAGGAUCUCUCUGGACAUCAGGCUACUGGGUCCCAACCAGCCCCACGGCCAACUCCUGAGCAGCUAGGCCCAAGCCAGUCUGGCCCACAGCAGGACCUUCCCCUUAUGGGGCCUUACCUGGAAGAAGGAGGUGUGGGGCACACUGGAGCACCAGUGCCUCUUUUCUCGGUUCCUGAGACCCACCCUCCAGGGGCUGGCGAUGGUGGUGGCAGUGUGGCAGUGGUGGGGGCUCCUGAAGGAAGGGCCUAUGAGGAGACGCUGCAGAUGUACCCUGUCUCUGGAGAGCACGCAGUGCCUCAAGAAACCCCCCAGCAUUAUGAUGGUCAGAGUGUCAUUCCUAAGCCUCAGGUACCACCGGCUCCCAGAGCACGAAGUUUCUCUGAGAAUUCCAGUGCCUCAGUCCAGGAGGAGGAAGAGGAGUCCUCUGAUGAAGCAGAUAAAAAGCCCUCCUCAAAUGCUGCGCAGAGAGAAAAGCCAGGAGAUGUGAAAGACAACACAAAGAGCUCAGGAUUUGGCUGGUUCAGCUGGUUUAGAUCGAAGCCCUCCCACAGCCCAUCUGAAGAAGACUCAUUAUCAGACUGCACUGACUCAGAGCAGGUGAAACCUGUGGCAUCUUCUCCCCGUCAGACUAGCCCGAGCCUAUCACCAACACUGUCUCCUGAGGCCCCGUCCCUGCCAGGGACCAGCACUUUUUCCAGGGGCACAGGUGGUGACGAGCUCCCAGAAUCCCUGUCCAGUGGGGGCACAGCCGAGGGCACUGGGAUUGCAGGGUUCUCAGGGCUCGAGGGUGUUUCCUCUGAGCUCUGCUCCAAACCUGGAGUUGUGCCUCCCCUUACUCCUUUGAGAGGGGCAGUUCCUCUCUACAACCCAUCGCAGGUUCCUCAGCUUCCCAUGGCUAGCAGCCUGAAUCGACCAAGCCGCCUGGCUCAGCGCCGCUAUCCAACCCAGCCGUGCUGAGAACGACCACCUGACCCAGACUUAUCUCCGGGAAGCACAGUUUCUGGAUUGCUCUCCUGUUCUCAGUCUCCCUUCCGUUCUGUCAUAGCCAGGCCCAGGAGAGGGAUGUGCUAGUCUGCUGCCUCCACUGUCACUAGGAAGGCAAAGAAAUAGGAGCUCUCACCAUGUAGCUGAAGCUUGACUUCAGCUUGAUGGACUUUAUUACAUUGGAUGGAAAUUUGGGAAACGAUAGCAGCCUGGAGGCGAGAAGAGUGUCCUGACAACAGCACUUGAAAUGGCAGCAUGAGCGGCUCAAGAAAGUUAGGGCCCUACAAUUCCUAUGGCCAGAAUCAAUGCUGGUGCCACCAGGGUCUAACAGGGUCCAGGAGCAAGAGUCCAGACUAACUUUAACUUCUUUUGCAGUCUUCCUUGUAGACUAAUGCAUGGCUCUAGUUAUCAGAGUUUUUAUACUGAAACUCAAUUAUCGCUGCCCUUCAAUGAUUCCCUCUUCAAUGACAUUUCAGCGAUUUUCUUCCUGGUCCCAGUUUUGUGCACAUUUUCUAUGUGGUUCAGAUUAAUUAUAUUUCUCUCACUUUCUUAGCUGGUCCUAUUUUUUCACAUCCUGGCAUCUGGCUAUCAAGUUAGAUUGCUGUAGGCAUCAUAUUGUCAUGGUAACUACUGAACCUAAUGAUGCAGAUGGAUGGAACAUCAGUGUAAUAAAUGGUGGAAAACAUUUCCUAAAAAUUCAUCCUUUCCAUAAAGAGGGAGGAAUGAGUGCCUGGUAUUGUUAAUACCCUCCUUUCUACCUCAGGCCUUUGCAAAUUGAUGUUCGGAGGGUCACUGGAACCAGAAGGAGGAGGGAGAUAUCUUGGAAAUUUCCAUUUCUCCUUGCAAACCAAAAAUAGGAAUGAUUUUUGCUGUUUGUCAGAUUUGCUGAAAAUUGCUCCUCAUAAAGAACACUUUUUGUAUGUGUAAUUGUACAUACAGGUUUUGUACUUUAAUGUACUAUGGUUCUGAUGUUGAUAGUGAUUAAACCCAGAUAAUUUUAUAGCAAA